AUGAUUAGACGUAGUUGUGGUUUAUUGAAUGCUUCUUCACGCCGACUCUAUCGUUGUGGUAAUUCGCGGCAUAACCAAGCCGUGAAGGAUGCAGAUCAUUUUAAAGAUGAAGAAGUUUCUUCAAUGCAAGAGCGAACACUUUUCGAACAAAUCUUUAUGCAGAUCAUGAAAAAGGACGAAGAAAAGAGGAACUCUAAGAACCUAUUGGGAAGUAUUACAUCGGGCUCACCUUCUGAAAAACCGAAGAAUGAUGGAGUACAAAUUGUAUUCGGGAAGAAGCAACUGUCUGUCGAAAACGAGAAGCUACAAAAGUUUUUGAAAGAUGCUACGGGUGAGAAAACUGAUGAUGUGGGUGAGUUUGCUAGAAUAACCACGGAUGAUAUUAGAAAAUAUCCAGUAUCUUUGACAUCUACUUAUUUUACAAAUGCUAGCCAUGAAAUCAACGACAACCAAGCACCUGAAUUUUUAGGAAUUUCAUCAUUAAAAGACAUCUUUUUAUCCUCCAAAAAGUCGGCUUCGGAAGAAGGCAAAGCCACCUUCAGUCAAGCGGAAUCAAAAGAAAGACUACAGACUGCUUUGCGUGAGGCUCUCCAACCGCAUAUCAAAUAUCUCAAUGAUCGUAUAGAGACAGAUUUUGAUUGCCUGGAGGUUAUCGAGGGAUACUUAGAAGCAUAUGAAAAUAGAGACAAAAGUUUGGAGAAACAAUCCAAAACUAUUCUAGCACAGAUUUCAAAUGACUGCGUGAAACACCCUACUACACUACCGCAACCAUACUCUGUUACUCUCCCUUACAUCAUCAAAUAUUUAUUCACAGAAGCCAACUUCAAUUUCCCCUCCGACAGAGAGUACACUCUCAUAUCUCACAUUUAUCAUCGAGCGAAACGCAGUCAAAAUAUUUCUCUGUAUUUGAAUGUGUGCAAUGUAGAUUUCUACAAUUCACUUUUGAAAUGCUGUUGGGAGAAUUAUCAGGAAAUACAUCAAACGAGGCAGCUAGUGACUGAGAUGAGCGUGAACGGUAUUAUGGGCGAUAAUAGCACCAUUGCAUUAUUGGAUAAAAUAGUUCGUGAAAUGAGAUUUCUUAAUGAUGGAAUACUUGAUGAAACUGAUUUCAAUACGGAUACUUCCAUUUUGGGAGCGGCUUGGUGCCGGGAAAAUUCACAAGAUCUGGAUUACGUUGAGAACUUCUUAGUCAAAUUGAAGCAGAACCAGAAUUGA